AUGUGGGUGAAUUGCAUUUUGAGGUCUGGGUUGCUGUUUGUCACUCUGCCUCUUGCCAUUGCCAGGCACAAGCAAUCUUCCUUCGCCGCAAGUUGCUACCUAAGGGGAACACUGUCCCAGGCUGUUGAUAUGCUCUAUGUCAAGGCAGCAAGGCUCAAAGCAACAAUUCCAGAAGAUCACGUAAAAAAAGUACAGUUACUAAAAAAGAAAACAAAAAAGCAAUUUAUUCUAUCUUAUUUAUAGAAAAACGGCAGAUUCCAAGAACAACUACUGUCCUUUUUCAUGGAAGAUGUUUUUGGUCAACUCCAAUUACAAGUUUGCAACAAAAUACACUUUGUGGAAGACUUUCACAGCCUUAGGCAGAAAUUGAGCCACUGUUUUUCCUGUGCUUCAUCAGCUAGAGAAAUGAAAUCCAUUACCAGGAUGAAAAGAAAAUUUUAUGAGAUUGGAAAGAAAGGAAUCUACAAAGCCAUCAGUGAACUGGAUAUUCUUCUUUCCUGGAUUAAACAAUUCCUGGAAAGCGUUAAGUAAUGCAAGAAGCCAAGUGGACUGAUUUGACUGUUAUUUUGAAAUAUAAUGAGAACAACCAGAAAUCAAUUUAAAGCAGUGUAUUUCCUUUUUAAAAUUUUGUACAUAGUAGUAACAGCAAAUUAGAUGAUUCAGAAUAGACUAGAGGAAUUUAAUGUAAUAAAAUUUUGGAGGUAAGUAAGUUGUCACUAAUAUGCACAUUUUCUGUAUUUUCAAAGAAUGUUUUCAUCCUGAACAUGUUUUGUCAU